AUGCCAUCAGCAGCUAAUAGCUCGACUCAAUGGCUCUGGCACCGUGUGCUAUUCUUUGAUCGCUAUCUGUCACUCCUCCUUGGUCUACCACCGGGAACCAAAAACGACCCCUUUGAAAACCUUUCGGACUCAGAAAACUAUACGCCCAUGGAUAAUCUCGAAAGAAACUACACUGUUCUUACUGGGCUCAUUAUUGAGAGAAAUUCGAUGAAGACUAGCAAUAAGGUAUUUGCAUCUACACAACUCAUAGACUGCAAAUUUGAUGCGGUGGCUGAAGAGAUGGGCACUGAGUGGUGGGAGUCUACUCGCCCACACAUGAUCGGCUCAACCUUCGAAAGGAUCAGCAGCAUCUCUCAGACUUUGCUGCAAAUUCAUCACUACACGCUGAAUGUCUUUCUACAUUUACCACACUUAUUCCAGCGAGACUCUGGUCUCAGGUCUCAAACCCCUCGCUUUAGAUAUAGCCGGGACAUUUGCGCAACGGCCAGUCGCUCGAUCUUGCGAUUAUUCAUCCCAUAUCGCAACCUCAAUUCUUCAGCAACUGCCUGUCGGCAUGUCGACCACAGCGCUCUAAUUGGGGCCAUGACCUUGCUCCUGGCAUAUCUAGCGGACGAACCGCCCCACGUCGAGGAAAAUCAUACGCCUGCGACCCAGCGGCAAGAGGAUAGCCGACUUUUGGAUAGUGUCCAAGCUAGAUUUCAAGUCCUUGCAAGGGAAAAUGACGAUGCAAUCUGCCACGAAACAUCGAAUGUUAUCAAUCAAUUGAUGCCUAUUGUUACUUGGCCUGAAAAAGGCGCACUUGAAAGCCACGGAGAUCAGAUCUCACAGACCAUACCACCUAUCAAACUUGACGUGCCAUAUAUCGGAGUCAUUACAAUUAGACCGUGUGUCCUUGAUGCGACCAGCAUAAACAUCGAACGACCAGUGUCUCCUAGCAUACAGGGAUGGGUUCCUGACCAACAAUCUGGUUUCCCUGGAGUGAAUGUCACAAAUGACCAAAAUGAGCUGCAGUCGGCAGAUAAUCUAACCAAUCAGCAGAUAUCUACUUUUCAUGAUGUUUAUACUACUUCAUCUUCUACAAUGGUCUCAUCAAACGAAAAUGAUAUAAUUACUACUGAAUCGUCGAUAUUUCCGAGCGUCUUUGCGGAUACAAUGGAGUGGUCGUUACAAGGAAUUGAUACAAACUUUUGGAAUUUGGUUCAAGAGGGAAUUGAGCCUGGGAUUUUCCUUUGA